AUGAACCACACUAUGGAUGAUCAAAACUUGGCUUUUAUCUCUCAGCUCUACCCUGAUGUCUACACUCAGAUACUACCACAACAAGGAGCAGUGAAGCCACCAAAGCGAAGGAGGAAGAAGAGCAAAGGAGCCGUGGCUACUGGAGAUGUAAGCAACUGUUUUUUUAGGAAGAGAAAGCUUACCGAUGAGCAAGUGAACAUGUUGGAGAUGAGUUUUGGUGAUGAGCACAAGCUUGAGUCGGAGAGGAAAGAUAAACUUGCGGCAGAACUAGGGCUUGAUCCUCGCCAAGUGGCCGUUUGGUUUCAGAACCGUCGUGCACGAUGGAAGAACAAAAGGCUUGAGGAAGAAUACAACAAACUCAAAAACUCACAUGACAAUGUUGUUGGCGACAAGUGCCGACUUGAGUCAGAGGUUCUUCAGCUCAAGGAACAACUCUAUGAUGCAGAGAGGGAGAUCCAAAGAUUGGCAGAAAGAGUAGAAAGAGGCUCGAGCAACAGUCCCAUUUCUUCUUCAGUUUCUGUUGAAGCUAAUGAAACACCGUUUUUCGGAGACUAUAACGUCGGAGACGACUAUGAUAACCUCUUUUAUCCGGUGCCGGAAAACAGCUACAUCGGCGGAGUAGAAUGGGCGAAUCAUUACAUAUAAAAUUGAUAGCUUUAUGUAAUAAUUUUAAUUGUAUUGAUUAGUGUUCUGAUUUAGGGAAGAAUAUUUGAAGUAAACUAGUAGAAUAUGUAACACUGAAUUUCGAGUGUAUAAAUAAAGAUAACGACAACGUAUUUAUUUAUAAUACGUUGUCGUAAGUCUAGAAGAUAG